AUGCUCGUCGCCCCCGCACGCUUCCCGCUCCAGCGCUUCCCGCCUCGCCGCCUCCGCCUCGCUCCGGGCACCCCGAUGGCCUCCACGCUUGCCAUCCUCAGGCCCUCCGCGCCGGCCCCGCUCGCGAGGCCCCGGGGCCGGGUUGCCGCGCCGGCUACCGCGAGGGUGGCGCUGUCGUCCAGAUCUAGGUACUCAUCGGCCAGGGUGUCGCUCGGGUCGGAGGUGGCGGUGGGCGACGGGCUCUUCGCCGACUACAAGCCCACCACCGCUUUCCUCUUCCCCGGCCAGGAUUCAAAAACUGUUGGAAUGGGUGCAGAAGUUCAGAGUGUUCCAGCAGCUGCCAAACUGUUUAACCAGGCAAAUGACAUACUCGGAUAUGACUUGUUGGAUCUUUGCACCAAUGGACCAAAAGAAAAGCUUGACUCAACGGUGAUCAGUCAGCCAGCUAUAUGUGUUACCAGCCUUGCAGCAGUAGAGGUACUACGUGCACGCGAUGGAGGCGAAGAUGUGAUCAACUCUGUUGAUGUUACAUGUGGUCUCAGCUUGGGAGAAUACACUGCACUUGCAUUUGCUGGUGCCUUUAGGGUGCUUUUGGCUGAUAUCUUUGCUGCUUGA